GUAUGACAAGACCACAGCACCGCAAGACAGCCUCAUGGUCUCAGAACAAGAGCAGGUUUUUCUCUGUCUACUGUAGUGUAAGAAGUUAAUGCAUGAAGAGAAUGAGCACACAAGAGGAAGCGAAGGGCCGAAUCACAGUGGUGGUGAAGGUUUAAAUGGAUCUACUCUGAGAUGAAGAUUCAUAAAUACACAGUCAUCGUCAUCAUCUUUAGCCUUUUCCGUCCUAUCACAGGUGUGACUGUCACCGAGAGGUCUGUGCAGGAGGGCGAGACGUUCAUCUUCCAUCUGCCGAACCUAGAGUCUGGCAGAUCAGUCGAAUGGAAACAGAUGAAUAAACUGCUGGCCAUCAUUAGCCUGGACAAUCCCAACAACACAGUAAUACUUCAGCAGGGACACAGACAUCAGUUCAUGCAGAAUGGGUCAGUCGUAAUCAGAGAUGUCAAACAGGAAGACACUGGCAACUACACUUGCAAGAUCAUAUUCAAAGACAACAAAAUUGAAACACACAUCCUCUCACUUACUCUGUACUCAGAAACUACAGAACAGAGCCCUACUUACAACUCUACAUCCACUACAUCAGUUCCUCCGGCUCUUAAUAAGCUGCAGAUUGUGAUUAUGAUUUCAUCACUCGGAGGUUUGCUUCUGCUUGGCGGUGUGAUAGUCGUCGUUUUAAAAUGCAGAAGGAAACGUCAGACUCGGGAGGAACCCAUUUACAGCAACACGUAUUACAGGCGUGAAGGAAACCCGAGGACAUGCGGAAAAAAGGUCACAGGUGACCAGAAGCAAACGAAAUCAUGAAAUUCAAUCAUCUUUCUUUACAGGUCUUUAUGACACUUAAAUGUUCAUAACAUCUCCUAAGCUUUGCAUGCAAGACCCGACCUGAAACAGAAACGUGUGCGUCUGUGGUUUUGGAGGUGGUUAUUUUAAGGGUCUAGUUCGUCUUUUGCAGUUGUCAGGAAAUUGUCGUACUUGCAUGUCUGCUGGGCAAUGCAAACACAGCCCUCUUUUUUCUCUUUUAUAUAUGUUGUAUCUACAAGAUGACUGUAUACUGGAUACUUUAAGACUUUCCAAAUGAGUUUUUAUAAAGCAAAUAUAAUCACACUUUAGAAUAGUAUGUACUUGUGGAUGUCUGUCUGUACUGUGAAAGAAAUAUGAAUCUUAUCUGUCUAAACUUAACCUAAUUUAGAGACUUUAAGGGUUCUUCAGGUGUCCCUCCUUUGUUUUGUUUUUAAGAGUGUAUGUAGUAAAUGUGUAAGUGUGUGGUGCAAAAAUGUUUUUUGUUUUUUUUCUCAAAGCUACAGUAGGAAACCUUAAUUAUCCAUUGAACCCUUAAAGAACCCUUGAAGAUUCUAGAAGAAAACUGACCGAAUACUGAACCCCUGACUGGAUUGGUGCAUUAAGUAGAAAAUAAUAUAGCACAAUGUGGAGUUUGUACCACAAUCUUACCUCGUUAUUACAUACAGUACGCGCGCUCUGAGAAACAAAGGGUUCCUCGGGGGUUCUUUAAGGGUUUAAUGGAAAAUUAAGGGCUCUGUGUUCUUCUUUUGUUUUGUUUUUGUUUUUUUUAGAUGUUAGUGAGUUUGUAAAGUGAAACUCACACAUUAGUGCGAGUUGUACUUCUGUAGCACUCACGCUACACUGAUGUGUUCAAAAGAAAUAGAAUUGUGCCUGUAAGAGAAUAAGAUAAACACUGGAUUUAUGACUGAAACGUAAAAUCCAAAAAGUCCAUGUCAAUUUACAACAAUGAAUUGUUUAUUCUAUCAUUUUUGACAAAUGAAAACUUUUUUUUUUUUGUGGCAGAUCGCAUGCUUUAGAAAAUGUAGGUGUUUUGUAAACGUUUUCAUUUUAAUAUGCAAUAGUUCAUUUUAACAUAGGGUUAGGGUUAGGGUUAGGGUCUAACACUAACCCUAACCCAGCACGUCUGUAUUACAUAGGAAAAAAACACUCUCACUGUGCACGUGAGCUAAAACGUCACCUCAUUAUAGCGUCAUGAAUGAUUGCACAAAUAUUUUGCUUGCCUGGAAACCUAAUUUUUAUCGAAUCAUUUAAGGAUCGCUAGUUAAGUGCAUUAAUACAGUGUAAAGAAAUAAAUGUUGUGUUCAAAACAAACGUACAGUUUUAUGCAAAAAUUUGGGCACCCCUGGGCAAAUUCAGUAAUUGAGGCAUGUCGCAAAAGUUCCGCUUGUAAGGUCUCGGAACUUGAGCUUGUUAGGCCUUAAUUAUCUGAUUGGGAUUAACUGUUAGCCAGGUUGAGACUUGUCAUUAGCAAUAACAAUUCCAGUCGUCAUAACUCUUCAAACUACCCCGGGCUCCUCUAAGCAGCUGACUGAGGACCUGAAAAUCAAGCUAUUGUAGUUGAAGCCUACAAAACAGAGGAAGGCUAUAAAAUGUUUCUAGCUGAAAUGUCAUUAAUAAAUGGCGGUUAAGAAGAACUUUCGAAGUCAAAGUAAGAGUUGGAAGACUCCAAAAAAAUUCAAAUAAAACUCAGAUAAAGCUGCCAAUAUGCAAAUCCUCCAAUGCCAAUAAAGACUUGCACGAAGGUUUAUCUGACCCAGGAGUGGUAGUGCACAUUUCUACUCAGAUCAUAUUUUGCAGUUGUGGUUGCAAAAUAUGAUCUGAAUGGAAGAGUUUUAAGAAUGAAACCUGCCUCUGAUCUCAUCACAAAUAUCAAUCUCGGAGGUAUGCAAAAAAGAAAGCCCUAUGCGUUUUGGAAACAAAUCCUAUAGACUGAUGAAGUAAAAAUGGAAGUAUCUGGCCACAGUGACUAAAACGGUGGAUCGGUUAUGCUUAGGGGUUGUGUGGCAGCCAGCGGAAUAGGAAACAUUGCACAAGUAGAAGGAAGAAUGGAUUCCAGUAAAUACCAGCUAAUUCUGGAAGGAAAUGUGACACAGUCAGUAAUGUAACUAAAUCUGAAAAGAGACUGACUUCUAUAACAGGACAAAACAUGCUUCAAAAUCCACCAUGAAAUACUUCACGAAGCACGAGCUGAAGCUCUUGGAAUGGCCCACCGACUGUAGGUCAUUUCAGACAAAAUGAAGACUUUUAACCUGUAAACAGGAUAUAGCAGACCACCUGUCUUAGAAAGUGUAGUGUAGGUGUUAUAAAAAUAUAAAAGCAUGUCUGCAUUACAUAAAUACCUUCUCCACCCACACUGACUGGUAACACACACACACACACACACACACACACACACAUAGGUGGGCCUCCUCUAACUGUGUGACCAAAAACCAUCAAGUGCACAAGGUUCAAUAAGAGACCAGUGUUUAUACUGGAUUAUACUAGAUCUUUCCAACCUUCUUGGCUAAAUAAAGAGUUGUUAUUAAUAUGCCACUAAAUCUAAGCAAAAAGUUUGUUGUGCAUAAAAACUGCAUGAAAUUAACACCAGGGAGACCAAGUAUGAUUAACAUGUAAGUUUAUUGAGGUUCACAGACUAAGUAUGAACAGCAUGUAAUUUUAUUGAGAAUUCACAGGGCAGGUGGGAGUGUAAUCCUGAGGGGAGCGGUAGGGAGAAAACGGGUGAUAAAAUGGGGUGUGUCCUGGGGACGUGGGAUAGCCAGCCGAGGUGUACUGAGGAGUGUACUCGGGGACUGGCAGGUGAGAAAAGGGGAGAAUGGUCGGAGCCCAGAUCAGAGAAGGUGACAUCAUCCUCAGACUGAAAGCUGGAGGGAGGGUCAGGCAGAGGGUCUAUCUGUGUAGAGGCGUCAAUACACACAUUCGCGGGGCGGAUUCUGUAUCUGAGAGGUGGGGGGAACCCUGCAUGUCCAGAGGGGGAGCGAAGAACGCCAAGUAGCACCGUGAUGUCAGCAGUGAGAUGUGCGAGCUGAUAGAGAGUGUUCAGAUCCAAAUCCAGCCCCUCCAGUAAAGGAGAGAAGGAAAAGUGACGGGCACCUAGACACACAGAAGCGAAUAAACGGUAUUAGGCGGAUAUUGAUGAAUUGGAUUCACACUAAGAUUAACACUAUGAUUUAUUAUUUACAGAGAAAUACAGAGAGCUGAGGAGUGCAGGCUGAGAAACACACACACACACACACAGAGGCACACACUCUCACACAGUCAACGUCAGGCAUGCAGACAUAACACACCCACACAGAGGCCUAUGCUGCCACGCACACACAUACAGAAGGAAAGCAGAACAUUAUAACUUUAUAAGAAUAAUAAAAGGAGUAUUAAGAUAUUAUAAGGAUAAUAUAAGGAGUAGUCGGAUAUGUAGGAUAUUAUAAGGAUAAUAUAAUGAUAUUGUGACCUAUUGGAGUACAGUAAAACACUUGCAAGCAGUAUAACCAUAUAUGAAACAGAAAUAUAGAGCAAAUAUGAAAGGAAAAAGCAUUAUAAACCAGAAAUACAGAAAAAUGUGAAAGAAACUUACACCGAGUUAUUGUUUAAGAUAUAAUAUGAUCCAGUAUCUGCUUUGACCUUCUCCAGGUGCAAUACAUCAAAUAGACAGUAUUGUCACACCGAGGCUUAGAAUUCUAAGCUCUUACAUUUGUUUGACUGUCAGAAUGUUUCUAAAGAUGUUUCUGUAACUAGUAACUUCAGUUCUCUGAGAAGUACCAUCAUUAAACUGGCCGACGAUAUUCAUUCAUCCAGUUCAUACUGGUGUAAGAACUUCUGUAGUAAUAAGUCAGCGAAGGGCCGUGCAUUGUAAUGUACUUUGUAAUGCAUUUUACUGCACUAUGUUGUAGUGGAAUCUUAACGACGUUUAAUCACUUGUCUGAAGGCAUUGCGGGUAAUUU